UUAUCAGGGCGUCUUUAUAAUAAGGGGAAGCGAAGCGAGAGAGACUGCGUGAGAACCAAGCACACACAAAACAACACACCUUUACGGCGGCGGCGAUUGAACCAGAUAAUCCAUGGAUCCAGACGCUUUAGCAAAGGCAUUCGUUGGGCACUACUACACCACCUUCGACACCAAUCGUCCUGGUCUUGCUAAUCUCUAUCAGGAAGGUUCUAUGCUUACAUUCGAAGGUCAGAAGAUUCAAGGUUCUCAGAACAUUGUUGCAAAACUCACCUCUCUCCCUUUUCAACAGUGCCAUCAUGCUAUCACUACCGUUGAUUGUCAGCCUUCUGGUGUUAACGCUGGCAUGCUUGUUUUCGUCAGCGGUAAUCUCCAACUCGCCGGCGAACAACAUGCUCUUAAGUUCAGUCAGAUGUUCCAUUUGAUACCAACCCCACAAGGAAGCUAUUAUGUGUUGAAUGACGUAUUCCGUUUGAACUAUGCAUGAAGAAGAUAGACCAUGGAAUAUAUAAGUUUGCCUACAACUGUUUGUUUUGCUUCAGACAUUUGAAAUUAAAAAUGGGCUCUUUUGGUUUGUGUUAAUUCUUAAUUGUGCCUCCUGUUUAGAUUUUAUGUUUAAAACUCUUUGAAGGAAAAAUUGUUAAAGAUCAAUGAACAAUGGGUUGAAAAUUUUAA